GGCUGACCCUUUCGCGGAAUAUUCAACAUGGUGGCCAUGAGUUGUGUUUCGAUUUGAUGUGAAUUAUAGAAGGCAUUUUUUUCAGUCAUCCUGAGGUGAUCGAAAUAUAAUAACACAGUGAAUAUGUAUAUUAGGGGACCACACGCGUUCUGUUGUAAUGGCGAAUUGUAUGAAGCCUUUAUUGACGAGAAAUCGCGAGUAAACAUAAAUGUUUAUUACGUGACCAGGAGCAGGACUUCACCAGCUGGAUUGACAUUCCGUGAAAACUUCGUGUAUAUGUCGAAAGGAAAAGAUCUCAUCAUUCAAGAAGUUGGGACUUUUAUAGAUUCAAACAGUGGAAUGCAGAAACCGUUUAUACUUGUUCGUGAUGCUAUGUCUCAAACUCAUUACAUAUUAGCCGUUACAAACAUUCCAGGUGACACAAACACAUCUCCUAAGAACACACUCUCAGCCAUACGUUCAUUGUUAUUUAAGAAGGAAGAGUUAGUAAGUAUGAUAAAAGUUUUUGAUGGUCCUCUGAUUGUUUGGACGUGUGAUGAAAAGGUCAAUAUAGGAUUUACUACGAAACAAGAGCAAACAACUUUUGAGAAAAAGUCAUUUCCAGUUUUAGAUUUAGAUAAAAGUCGUGCAAAUUUCACUGUAAUCUCAACAGUAUUAACUAAUGAUGAAAUUUUAAUGUUCAUCAAAUAUUCAUGUAAACAGCAACAGAGUGAGGAAGAAGAUUUAUUCCAAGGGCACGAAGGAGACGACAUUGCAUUUGAGGUUUGGUCAAUAAAGCCAAAUACAGAUAAUAACACAUGGACACAGAGAAAACUAGAUUCCUCAUGCUUUUUACCACAACAGUAUGCAUGUACAGUGGUAGAUUGUAAGGUGAAGAUAAAAUCAAACAAUUUGUCAAAUGGAGAUGAACAGCCCUUGAGUGAUGUUGUGUUGUUAUUGGAUGGAGGAUAUAUUGUAACACUUGCAAAUGGAUGUCUGAUGAACUGUUGCCAUGUGAACACCUCUUUAACAAGUUUCCAAGAAUGGAAUUUUGUUGGUGUAUUUGAUUCAACGACUGUUGUGAUAAAGACGUCUCAAUCCGAAGUGAUUGUAGUGGAUUAUGGGAGCGGGAAGGUCACAAAGACAUGGUCAGAAGUGUCUAACAUCAUGAUUGGGGACUUCCUCCAGUACGGACAUCAUCAGAUACUGGUCACCUUCACUGAGGAAUCAUCAGAUGAUGAAGGCAGCUCCUGGAUGUUGACAGAUCUAGCUAUGUGUGAUAUAGACUCCAGUCGAUGGGCAUCUGGGAUGGAAGUUGACCACAGUGAUGACAGCUGUAGUAAAGGAAAAGCAUCAGCUCUCAAGGCACUGUCUAACAAUCUUCAGAGUUCAACAACAAACCUGUGCAGUGCUGAGCAGCAUCUGUCCAACAAGGUCAAGUUCCUGCACAGCACCUGGGCACAUCUGCAGCACCUGAGUGGAGGAGGGGAGACAACUCUUCCCCAGCCAGAGGUUCCACUAACCACCUUGAAAGACGAUGGUUCAUUGACAGCCAACAUGACAGGCAAGAAGCCUCCAGGCAUAAAGACUACAGUCAGCUGGCAGACAUCUGUGGGCUGCCAUCGUGUCAUCGGAGUUGAUGUACACAAUACCUCCAACAGAACUCUGAGUUGCUGCACUUUGUCACUGGUUCAACAUUCAACAAUGACUGAAACCAGAAGUAUGUCAUCACAAUCAAAAUGGCUGCCACAUGAGUCUUUUGAGCAGACAGAUGAGAAAAGAACACCUGAAAAACAUGCAUCUAAGAGGCUGAGACUCAGCCCGCUUUUAACUCUGCCUAUCAUGCAGCAGAAGGGACAGCCACUGAGACCAGGUGACAAAAAGACUUUAACAGUCAGCUUUGAUGGAGAGCAGGCUGGGGUACAAGAUGGCUGGAAGCUGUGGGUGUUCCUGACCACCUUGGAACAUGGUCCUACUGGUCCGGAGUCUGGAGAUCAGGUGAUGGAGGGAAGUCAUAGAGAACGGACCAUUUGUUGUGGAUCUGUGUCCAUGACAACAAAGGAUUAUCUCAAGGGGACAUAUUCAAUUGCACCUGAUUUGACAAGUGGCAGUGUGAGAGAUCCUGACAUAAUACAGGCAUCAUUGUCAGCUGUCCAGACCUGCACCACUCUGCUGCUGACAUCAGUCUUCACAGACCUCACCCAUACUGCAGGCAUCAUUGAGGCUCAGACAGACUUUCAGCUUGCUGUCUCACUAGGCUGUCUGUGUCCUGUCAACUGUCCUCCUCUACAGUAUGUCCGGAUCACCUCUGUGUGUGUGCUGUCACAGACUAAAGUCCAUCUUUGUGUGUGGACAAGAGACUGUAACCAACUGGAGCUGCUUGUGGACUACCUCUCAUCACACCUCCCUGACGAUGUCAUCAUCUCACACAGCGAGGAUGCAGGCCUUCAAUAUGCUGUCAAUGAUACUGUGUCCAGCCUGAGUCAGGAGGUGAAGGCACUCUCCAUGAUGGUGAAGACACUGUUGGAAGACAGCAACCAGGCUGUGAAGGCAUUGAUGAGUUCAAGUGCCUCGGUGGCUGGUGAUAUGCAGCAGGACCAACUAACUGACUUCCAGCACAGGUUCCGUGAAGAGCAGGCUGCUGUACACAGAUGUGUCGACACCGGUGUGUCUGUAGGGGAUGCCAGGGUGUUGACAGACAACAUCCUCAGGCUGGAGAGACUGACAGACCAACACAUCGCAUGUAUGAAGAGUGUGGACUGAUGCUGCCUUGGUGUGAUGGGAACUGUGCGCUGUUGUAGUGACAUAUAUGAGUGAACUGGGUCAACCACUUUGAACAGUAUUUCAGUAAAGAAGAGGCUUGAGGAAAAGCAUAGGGCAAUGAAAUCCUGCAUGUCAUGAACUACUGAUCGUUUUGUGGUAGCAUUAACAAAUCUUUUAACGAUCACAUAACUAUAUUUGAAUAAUAUUUUCACAAUAAUUUUAUGACGUUAAUUAAUAUUGCGAGUGGGCAAUAUAACCACCAUGCUGCAGUAACUAUUGCUAGGUUGGGCAGGACUAGAGAAAUCACUGGUUGACAGCGUGAGCAAUAAUAAAGAUAUUGUGGAGAAUAUAUAUUGCCAUGGUUUAUUGUUUUUAUAUGUUGUUGUGUUAUAUAUAUAUGAUAAGUUAAAUGCGUUGCUGCACCAAUCAUUGAAAUGUGAAAUUGCUCAGUUCAACAAAAUAUUUAAUGAAGCAUGGAAACCAUCUUAUAUAAAUGUACCUUCAACUUGAUUUCAUAUUUCUACAUUUUACUAUUGAUACUUUGGUUACUAGCUUGUAGAGCUAAUGUUUAGCCUGAUCAAUUGUACAGUUUUAAUGAGAUUACAUUGAUUUUAGUUGUGAUUUUGUGUGUACUGGUGGUGGUUGAAAAAGGUGCUGAUCGACUGCUCUGAUUCAUAAAUAAAUUUAUGCAUACAGAACCGUAGUAGACACAACUCAUUUCAGAAAAGUGAGAAAUCAUUCCUUAAAAAAUCAGAUUAGACUGUCAGAAUAGUUAAAAAGUAACAUUAAUAUAUACUGGCCAUCUGUAUUGUAUGAACUUUGCCUGAUUCAGACUAAUUUCUCUUCUGAAUUGAACCACAAGAACCACAAGAAUGUGUUUUCUUUCUCAAGAAUUGUACUUCUUGUGUGGCCUAGGCAUUCAGUUAAAUAAUGUUUUACCCUCUUGGGAGUCUCUUCACCCUUUAGUAUGGGUUUAAAUUUGGAUAUUGUUCAGGAAUUAUUGAGCCAGAUUUUGCAAACUGAGCUACAAUUUUAUUCCCAGUAGUCCAACAUGCGAUGGAAUCCUUGUAAUAUGCUUUUAGUUCAGAUAUGUGUCCAGCUUUAAGAGCUCUCUUUCAAUGUUGUUUCUUCAUCCUUUGGUACCAGAUUCUACUGCUGCUAUUUGCAGGUGGUCACAUGCAUUUACCCAUCUUAACAUUUCAGCUGCAGAAACUGAGAUGGAGUCAUCAUACCUGAACAUUGAAUCCCUUGACGAAUAAGUAAACAGCUUUUAUAACA